AUGGGCCGCUCUAAGCUCGGUGAAUUCCGUGCAAAGAUUUCGCACCGAUGGGAUCGAUUCCGCCAUAGAGAGCCACGUUCCGAUGAUGGUUCCACAGCAUCGAAACGCACGCGAAGCGAAACGAAUGAGCUCGCAGGGCAAGAUCCAAAGAAGAGUGAUACAACGCCUAUUGUCAGCGAAGACCACUGCAACGAAGCCACGCCUCAGGACCUCUCGACGAAGCGAAGGCCGAUAUCAUCCAACAAAACCCCAAGCCAAGCCGAUGAUGCCAGAAGUGAGGGUACAACGCCAGAAUCGGCUUUAAUCCGACCGUCAACGGAGGAGCAUCGGGAUGAGAAAAUAACUCACGAUCUUUGGAAAGAAGCUUUUGAGUCGUUAUUGCCGGCAACACAAGCCCAACUUCAGAAGCUAGGCUACGAACCGGAUUAUUCAAAGACGCCGCGUGCACAAGAUCUGGACAUCCUCGUCCAAGAUCUCCAGGAAAAGCUGGAUAUCUGCGAACAAGAGGGCUGGAAAUGCAAGACAGAACAUCAUGAAUAUAUCGUGCGAGACUACGCGGCGAAAUGCGCCACUUGGAUACAGUUUAUUGGGAUCUUGUCGUUCCAUUCGCGCCUUCGCAAGCUGCAGGCCCAUGGGGUCUGA